GGUGAGCUGGCCCCAUGGCCUUCUGAAUAUGGCCUUGGGUGUGGGGCAGCUGGGUUGGAGCAGCGUGCAGGCUACCAGCACCAAGUGGUGCGCCUCUCGGGGGUGUGUGCAGAAGGCUCCAGGAUAAAUAGGAGGCUCCCAGUGCUGGGCGACACUGGAGCCCGCUGGCUGCCCGCCCCGGGUGUUUCCCUGCCCUGUAGCCAGGCUGCCUGCUGCGUAGUUUCGCUUCCUCCUGGCUCAGGGAUUAGUUUCCAAGCACCCUAUCGGUGCCGGGGCCAGGGCCUGGGAAGGGCGCGAAGAAGGAUCAGGGAGGCUCUUCCAGGGGCUGCUCUGCCCAACACAGCACAGUUGAUGGACCCAGCCCCCGGCAGCAGCGUCAGCUCCCUGCCGCUGUUCCUGGUUCUUGUCCUGGGUCUUGCAGUUCUCCACUGUGUGGUGGCAGAUGGGAACACUACCAGAACACCUGAAACCAAUAGCUCUCUCUGUGGAGUUUCUGGGGAAAACUGCACAGGUACAACCCCUAGACAGAAACUGAAAAUACACUUCUCUCGGUGCCCCAAGCAAUACAAGCAUUACUGCAUCCAUGGGAGAUGCCGCUUCGUGGCUGAUGAGCAAACACCCUCCUGCAUCUGUGAGAAAGGCUACUUUGGGGCACGAUGUGAGCGCGUAGACUUGUUUUACCUCCAGCAAGACAGAGGGCAGAUCCUGGUUAUCUGCUUGAUUGCGGUCAUGGUGGUAUUCAUCAUUUUGGUCAUCGGUGUCUGCACCUGCUGUCAUCCUCUUCAGAAACAUCGUAGAAAAAGGAAGGAGAACAGGGAAACUCUGGGUAAAGAUAAAACUCCCAUAAGUGAAGAUAUUCAAGAGACCAAUAUUGCCUAAUGGUUAUAAAGUUACUGCAAGCUGGUGGCAAGCUACAAAACACCUUACUCAUUGCAGAUGGACAGAACAUGUCUCAGGAAAACAGCUAGUAUAAAUGAAUGUUUAAAUAUUGUAUUUCCUAUUUUAUUUUUAUUUGUAACUUUGUGUUGUUUGUUAUUAUUUUUAGUAAUAUUUUUAUUAUGGUCUAAUAAUUGAGAAAAAGGACUUGACUCAGUAGCAAUAAUAAGAAGGGACAUUUAAAAAUAAAUUUCAUUGCCAGGAUUAUUAGUCAAAUGAAAAAAAGUAGGAAAGAGGUUAGAUUUUAAGAAUCGAGUCAAUAACAAGGUUUACCAGCUUUGUACACUUGUCGUAUGUUGAGUUUGAAAUAUAUUAUUUCCUUUCAUCCUUCCAACAGUCUGUGAGAUAGCAUAUUUUGUUCUUGUUCCUAUAUAUACAAAAGUUAAAUAAUUUCACUUAGAUUUAGAGAUUGAGGAAUUGUCAGAGUCAGAACAGAAAUUGACGUAGAUUCAUAGCUGGUGCUCUUAUCAUUGUGUUAAUUUAGGUUCUUGUAACAUAAAUCAAUAAAUAACCCAGGAUUUCUUCCUGAAUUGUGUCUUGCUAUGAUUCUGAGAUGGUAGGGCAAUUUCCCCACAUUAGCACAGAAUAUGGAGUCAUGGCCAGUGCUGAUGUCAUCGUCACGAUUUCCGCAAAGUUAUAUUUUAUUAUUAUUACUAUUAGUAUUAUUUUUCUUUUCUAUAAAGUCUCAGUGACAUGAAUAAAUUCUCAUAUUUCCAAACAAAAUAGAUUUGCCCCCUAUAGUAAUAAAUAGAGGUGGGAAAGUAAAUUACAGGUGCUCUUUAAGUCCUUGGUAGGUAUUUAUCCUCAGUACAGUAUAAACAGCACAGUAAAAGACUGUUAAUACACUGCAGCUGACCAUAUGUGACCAUAUGAGACCAUAGCCUCAUUUCCAAUGCAUGCAUGAUUGCUUUGAGGUGAAUUUUGAUGCCAUGACAUCCUGACCAUAACAUCUAUUAUUUGAAACAUUUUGCCACUUAUUCCUUUGACUGUGUGCUCUAUUUAGUAGAAAACAUAUUAAGCAAAAACAUAUUUAUUUUUAGUCACCAUUCUAUAAACCAUGGAAUUUGCCACAUUGAUUAGGCAGGCCACCUACAAAAGCCAAUGGGAAGAUGUCCUCAACAGUGGUGCUUCCUGCCUGUCACAAUCUUUGUAAAUUUUACUUCACAAUAGAGAAUCCAUAGAUUUAAACAAAAGUGUGUGCGUGGACAUAGACUGCGGUUUCACUAAUGAAGAAGUAGCUCACCUGUCAAUAGUAGUCAACUGAAAGAACUGACAUGUCUCAAAAUGAAUUUCCUUCCUGGUGACUUAAUGGCCAUCCUUGAAACAAGACUACCCACAGCUGAUUCAGACUCAUGCUUUAUUUUCUAACGUCUCUAUGGGCUUGUGUAUGCUUUUCCUCUCUAGUCAUCUUUGAUGCUAAACAGGCUUGAAAUGAAUGAUCACUAGAACACUUGAAAAUACCACCAACUCUGUUAAGUGUCUCUGCCUUCCUGGUUGGCUGACCAGUGCAACCUCUUUAAAGAACUUAUUGCUGAAACUUUUAAUGGUGUCUCUUGACAUUCUGACAUCUAAGAAGAAUUUCAAGAAAUUUCAUGUCUUUUCAGAGUGUAUUUUGUAAAUUUUUGCAUAUAUUAUGUUGUUGUUUAUAUAGGCUGUUGCGGUUGUAAUGGAAUAAAAUAAAUUUAUUUUUAAACAAG